AUGAAAGGAAGAGUUGUUUAUAAUGUGGUUCAACAUCGACAACCACGUUUCGGAUAUCUCUACUGAACUGAUGUGUUCACAUACACCCAUACGAAUCCAGGCUUCAGUUUUCAACCAACACGUCAGAUGAAAAGUUGAUAUUUCGAUUUCGUAGUUCUGUUUCGUCAGUAAAGAGAAGUCGUCAUUUAAUUUAGCAGUUUUUGGAAGUGGCAGAAAAAUGGCCGAAAGACAAGGUAACCGUGGAGGAGGUCGAAAUCGAGCUCGAGGAUUUGCUUCGGCUGGUGGUGGCGGCGGAGGUGCACCAAGCGGCAGGCAGCAGCAGCGCGGUGGCGGUAGCGGUGGUGGCCAGCAACAGCGUGGUGGCGGAGGUGGAGGUGGACAACAGCCUCAUCAAGCACCUCCGCAACAACAAUCGUGGCCGUCGCUAGGGCAACCGGCACAAGCCACGGCUUCACAGCAAUCAUCCGGUUGGGGUAAUCAGCCUGUACAAAAACAGCAACCGCAAACUCAACCGGCCCAACAAAAGCAACAACAGCACCCACAAGCCCAACCCGCGCAGCAGCAGAGCCCAACAAGCCAACCGGCACAACAGUCGAUCACUCAAUCGGCGUCAGAACAUCGUCCGCAAAGAGGAUCAACAACAGGUGAUGGAACUGCGGGUCGUGGUGCCAUGCGGGGAAGACGUGCAAUUCCCGAUGUUGUGCGGACACGGCCGCUUGGAUGUGAAACUACGAAACAAGGAAAAACUGGAACAAACGUUACAUUGCAAACGAACUAUUUCCGUAUUCAAAGGAAGGAAAAUGAAGCAAUUUUCCAGUACCGUGUGGAUUUCAAUCCUCCGUCUGAAAGUAUGAAGACGCUAAGCUCAUUAAUCUACCAGUUGAAACCUAUUCUUGGUGGCUAUAUCUUCGAGGGGACACAACUGUUCUCGAGACACAGAUUGGCUAAAGACUUGGUAGAAUAUCCAACCAAAGAUGCCACUACUGGUCAGGAAUAUAUCAUCACGUUUCGAAAAGUGGGCACCGUUGAUGGUACCAACGAAAUGGCGUUCAUGGUGUUCAAUUUAAUUAAUAGAAAAGCAAUGGCUGGUUUGAAUCUCCAGCUGAUCGGAAGAAAUUAUUUUGAUCCGGCUGGUAAAGUUCCUAUAAGUCAAUAUGGAAUAGAUCUUUAUCCUGGUUAUUUAACGAGUAUUCGGCAACAUGAACAAGACGUUCUUAUGUGUGCCGAAAUAACCCAUAAGGUGAUGAGAGUUGACAACUGUUACGCUCAGCUUAGACAGUGUAUGACUCAAGGCGGAAAUUGGAAAGAUAAUUUCAAGAGAAGUAUCAUUGGAUCAGUUGUCAUGGCAAAUUAUGGCAAAAAUAAUACCUACAUGGUUAAUGAUGUGGAAUUCAAUACUACACCAGAAAGCAGAUUUGAUACGCAGAGUGGAUCAAUGUCGUUUAUUCAAUACUACAAAACUAGAUACAACAUUGACAUCCGGGAUCCGAGGCAACCUAUGCUGAUUUCUCGUUCGAAACCUAGGGAUAUUCGUGCAGGCAAACCAGAAUGUAUCUGUCUUAUUCCAGAAUUAGUUCGCGCCACUGGUAUUACAGAUGAAAUGAGAAAAAAUUUUAAUCUUAUGCGUGCUGUAGCCGACUGCACUCGCUUAGCCCCAGACAGACGUAUUGAACGAUUGGAGGCAUUCAACCGUCGAUUACACCAAUCGCAACCAAGUUCGGAAGUAUUUGAUUUUUGGAAAACUGAGCUCGACCGUCGUUUAGUUGAGGUACCAGGUCGUGUUUUACCCCAGGAAAUCAUAUAUUUCCAAGAUGAACAGAGUGGAACUCCUGCUGGAGAGACUGCGGAUUGGCAAAUGGCUUUCCGAAAAAAUGCCAUGACCGUUUCUAUACCAUUGCUUAAUUGGUUCGUUCUAAUUCCAAACAAAUCAGAGCGGUUGGUAGCAGAUUUUAUGUCCUGUUUAAAACAGGCAGCGAAAGGAAUGAGAUUCCAGAUGCAAGACCCGCAAUUCGUAACAAUGCCGAACGACUCGCCGGCUGUGUACGUGGAACAUUUAAGUUCUGUGAUUCAACGUGAUCCACAGUUGAUCAUGUGUUUGGUCAGCAAUGAUAAAGCGGAUAGGUACGCUGCGAUAAAGAAAAAAUGUUACGUUGAUCGAGCCGUACCGACUCAGGUCAUAAAAGAACGAACCAUUACUCCAAAAGGGGGUAACGUGCGGACCCUGAUGUCCGUUGCCACCAAAGUUGCCAUCCAAAUCAACUGUAAACUCGGAGGAAUUCCAUGGAUCUCAAGGAACCCGCUGACAUCCGUAAUGAUAAUUGGAUUUGAUGUUUGUCAUGACACGAAGGACAAAUCGAAAUCAUACGGAGCAUUAGUUGCGUCCAUGUAUAGCGGAGAGAUAAAACAUCCCAAAUUUUAUUCCACUGUUAAUCAUCAUGCGAAAGGUGAAGAGUUAUCUAACUACAUGGCCGUGAAUGUUGUUAAGGCACUUCGUGCCUAUCAGUCUGAAUUUGGCGGUAAACUACCGCUGCGCAUCAUUUUCUAUCGCGAUGGCGUUGGUGAUGGACAGUUGAAAUAUGUCUACGAGCAUGAGCUCAUUGCCAUUAGAGAAAAGCUAUCGACUGUGUAUCAGGGAGCUGAAAGCAAGCUAUCGUUUUUCGUUGUCAGUAAAAGAAUUAACACACGGCUGUUCAAUCAGAAACGGAACCCAUUGCCCGGAACGGUAGUCGACGAUGUCAUUACUCUGCCAGAACGUAACGACUUCUAUCUGGUAUCACAAUGUGUGCGUCAAGGAACUGUAUCACCAACUUCUUAUAACAUAUUGUUUGACAACACCGGGUUGACUGCUGACCAGUUGCAGCUUUAUACUUACAAACAAACGCAUUUGUACUAUAACUGGUCGGGAACGGUCGGUGUUCCAGCGGUAUGCCAAUAUGCACACAAGCUGGCGUUCCUCGUAGGACAGUACCUUCACCAGGCGCCAAACAAUCUGCUUGAAAAGAAGCUAUACUAUUUGUGAAUUAUAUUUUCAUAUGUUAUAUCGAUUCGUAAUAAGAUUUAAUAAAAAAAAUAUAAGUACAAAAACCGCAUAA